GUCGCCCUCCAGCACCCGCUGCACCAGCCAGCCCUGCGAGAGGAAUGAUGGCUACUGUGACAUGCCCACCCGAGACCCCACGAGCUCCAAGGCGGUGCAGGGGCUGACCGGCCUGCGAAACCUCGGCAAUACGUGCUUCAUGAACUCCAUCCUGCAGUGCCUGAGCAACACCAAGGAGCUGCGGGAUUACUGCCUGCAGAACCAGUACCUGCGGGACCUCAACAACAACAGCCGUAUGCGCACCGCCCUCAUGUCAGAGUUUGCAAAGCUGAUUCAGCUGCUCUGGACCUCGUCCCCCAACGACAGUGUGAGCCCCUCCGAGUUCAAGACGCAGAUCCAGAGAUAUGCCCCCCGCUUCGUUGGCUACAACCAGCAGGAUGCACAGGAGUUCCUGCGGUUCCUCCUCGACGGGCUACACAGCGAGGUGAACCGUGUGCUGGUUCGGCCACGGGCCAGCACGGACACCCUGGACCACCUCCCGUAAGUGCUGGCUGGGACAGAGAUGUGGGGGAGGUACCAGGAGAGGGAGGACAGCCGCAUUGGCGACCUCUUUGUUGGGCAGCUGAAGAGUUCACUGACCUGCAGCGAGUGUGGCUACUGCUCCACAGCCUUCGACCCCUUCUGGGACUUGUCCCUGCCCAUCCCCAAGAAAGGCUACGGGGAGGUGACCCUCAUGGACUGCCUACGGCUCUUCACCAAAGAGGACGUGCUGGAUGGGGACGAGAAACCGACAUGUUGUCGCUGCAAAGCCAGGACGAGGUGCACAAAGAAAUUCAGCAUCCAGAAGUUCCCCAAGAUCCUGGUGCUUCACCUGAAGCGCUUCUCAGAGGCCAGGAUACGAACGAGCAAGCUCACCACCUUUGUCAACUUCCAGCUGAAGGACCUGGACCUCCGGGAGUUUGCCUCGCAGAGCUGCAACCACGCCGUUUACAACCUCUACGCCGUCUCCAACCACUCGGGCACCACCAUGGGGGGACACUACACCGCCUACUGCAAGAGCCCUGUCUCCAGUGAGUGGCACAGUUUCAACGACUCCCGUGUUACCCCAAUGUCAUCCAGCCACGUCCGCAGCAGCGAUGCCUACCUGCUCUUCUACGAGCUGGCCAGCCCGUCCUCCCGCAUGUAGCCAGCCCUGCCUCCCUGGGGACCCCUGCACCACCGCUCAGAACCGGCCCCUCCAGGUUUCGGCCAUUUGCCCCCCGGGUGCAAGAGGGAGGUGAAGAGGAGAGACCCUGAGGUGGCUGCAGCGGGAGGCUAGAGGCAGCCAGGAGCAGACCCCAGGCAAGGACACCCCAGCUCCGAACUGAGGAGGGCAGCCCGCGGCAGGGCAGGGCCCAGGCAGCUCAGGCGCCUCCUGGUCGCUGGCAUUUGGUUUUUACCUUGGGGUACGUUUUAGUUUCUUUCUUUUUUUUUUUUUUUGUUGGUGUGUAAUAAAAAUACUGAGCAAGGGACUCUGCGGGCAUGGGGCUGCCUGCCCCAUUGAGUCAGCCAGGACCUCUGCUCCCCUGGGGGAGCACCCAGAGCUGGGGACCCAGGAGAGCUUCCCGCAUCCCUCCUGGCCUCUUGGCACUCCCAUUCUGCUUGGCUGUCCCAGAGGAUUCAUGAACUGCUCCCGGCCUCCUCCCAGCACUUCUGAACCUCCUGGCAAAGGACCCCGGCCCUUCAGUUGCCUCCGUCUCGUCUCAGGCAGCACGUCCCCACCAGCUGCCCCAUGCACACUCC